AACCCAGACCCAGAGUGAGACCCGUUAGGGUUUUGUUAAAAGAAGGUGUCCAGAAUUGAAUCAGUCUUCAUCUAGGGUUUCCUUCUCCCGUUCCCGUUCUCGAAUGGAGGGUGGUGCCCUCAUCAAGCAGCUAGCAUGCUGCAACAAGGCCACACGCGAGAAAUCCCUCCGCCUCGUCCUCAAAUCGUGGCUCCCCUUGCAGGCGGAGCCCCUCCCCGAGGACGACGCCAAGAAGCUCUGGAAGGGCCUCUUCUACUGCAUGUGGCACUCCGACAAGCCCCUCGCCCAGCACGACCUCGUCGACCGCCUCUCCUCCCUCCUCCUCUCCCUCCACCGCCCCCUCUCCCUUCAGUACUUCUCCACCUUCCUCCUCACCAUGCGCCGCGAAUGGUCCGGUAUCGACGCCCUCCGCCUCGACAAGUUCUACCUCCUCAUCCGCACCUUCCUCGCUAAGUUCUUCUCCCUCCUCAAAACCCACUCCUGGGACCCACACCUUCUCCACCUUCUCGACCAGGGGACUUUCUCCUCCCACGAUAUUAACACCCACGGCAACGGCGUUAAUUACCACAUUGCCACCGUCUUUCUCGAGGAGCUUCGCGCUUUUCUCCCGCUCAACACUCAGGUUCUCCACCUGCUUUUUAAGCCCUUUUUAUCUGCCAUGGGGAGGGUCAAUGAUAAGGUUUUGUUGGCCAAGAUCAAGUCUGGGGUGUUUGAUCUUUUGCUUAAGAUGGGGAGGAGGUUGUUGGAGCUUAGGAAGGCUGGGGAAGAGGUUGAUUCGCGUGAUGAUGUUCUUCUUCUUGGGACGGUUGCGUUGGUCAUGGGGUUUUCUGGGAGGUUGUAUGAGGUGGCGUCUUCUGCUGAGUGUGUUCAGGGGAAUAGGAAGGUGCUGUUUGCGUUGCAUUCCGAGUUUUUGAAGCUUGAGAAGGAUGUGGCGAAGUCCGGGUUUGAUUUCGCGGUUCCUGAUGUUGUUGAUGAUGAGGAAGUGCCGGACUUGGUUCCGUUGGGGCCUGCCGAGGUUGAUGGUAAUGGCGAGUUGUUGAAGAAGUGCGAGAAGGAUGUUAACGGUUCUGUUGAUGGUGGCAGCAAAAGUAAGAAGAAGAAGAAGAAGAACAAGGGUGAUGUGUCGAGGGAUUCGAAUGACAAGGAAAAUGUAGCUAGUGAGAAUGGUGCGAAUUUGAAUGAUGAAGGUGCGGCGGUGUUGUUGGAUGAAACUGUGAUUGCGAAUCUCCAGAGGCAAUUUGAGAAGGUUGCCGAGGAGGGGGGUGUGAAUGAUGGAAUUGCGAGUGCGUGUGAAUCGCCAUCUGAUACAGGAAAUGUGUCUAAGAAGAGGAAGAGGACGAAGAGUUUGAAAGGGAAGGCGUCUCAGGAUUCUGCUGAUUUGGAUGGUGAGGAGAGUGCAGUGGCAAUGAGUGGGGAGAAGAGUGCAAAGAAGGUAAGAUUUUCGAUGAAAAAUAACUUGGUGUGGAAGCCACAUAGUCCUUUACCUCCUCAGAGUUUGAGAUUGCCUCCCUCUGCAACGCCCAGAGGAAGUGCACUGAAAAAGGGUGUGCCUCCGGGUCCCAUCAGGGAGAUGCCUCUUCCUACCAAAAAGCCAAAACUGAAGAAGGCCAGGAAGGCAAUUAAGGGUGUUUCUCCUUCUGUCAAACGCCUGAAGAAAUUAAAAUCUCGUGCUGCAUGAAUGAUUUGAUUUCUUGCACUUGUUAUGGGGUUGUGUUUCCAUGACUUGUUUGUGACACAGUUUUACUUUUUUAGUUAUUGUUGUGAUUUUUUUCAAACUUUAUUGUGAUAAUUCAUCUUUUCACCAAUUGAAAAGCAAAUUGACUUGUAGUUUAAGGGACUAUGUCCAUGCCUUCUUCUUGCUAUCACGUGGUAGAAUAACUUUUAAAUUCUUGA